AUGGGCAGAAACCAGGAUGGAAUAGCUGGUAAUAUGCCCAUUGUCCCAGAAUGGAAAAAGAAAGAAAAGAGUCACAACCUUCCACACUACAUGCUUCUGAAAAACACUUGUUAUUCCAUCUCUUAUGGAUCAUCACAUCAACAGCCCACCAGAAACCAAAAACACCAACUUCUUUACUCUCCUCUCAUAAUCAAGAGAGAACUUGUGUGUGCAACCUCUUUUCUCAUUGUCUUUGAUCUUUUCGGCCCUUUUGAUCCACUAUCAGUCUUUCGUUUUGGUUUCUUGUCACAAAUCCUAUCCAGCAAUGAAAAAUCAUCACGCUUAGCCUGUGAUUAUUCUCAUGGAAGAUGGGUUCGGGAUGAAAGUAACAAGAAUCAAUCCUACACAGAGAGCUGUCCCUUUCUUGAUCCUGGCUUUCGAUGUGUUUCGAAUGGAAGAAAGUAUCAGAAUUGGCGAUGGCAGCCAGAAGGGUGUGGUUUGCCAAGAUUUAAUGCAAGUGAACUUCUAGAAAGAAGCAGAAAUGGGGGGAUUGUGUUUGCUGGGGACUUUGUUGGCAGAAACCAGUGGGAGCCUUUCUUGUGCAUGCUUGCUCAAGGAGUUUCCAACAAGUCUUCAAUACAUGAAGAAUACGGGAACCCCAUGACUAAACACCAAGGGCACCUUUCCUGGUACAAUCUCAAAGUUGAAUAUUACAGGGCGCCUUUCCUGGUUACAUCGGCUAAGCCCGACCACUUACACUGGUUCUCCAAAAAAUGGGAAGGGGCUGAUGUUCUGGUGGUCAGCACCGGGCAUUGGUGGAAUGAAGAUAAAACUGUCAAGAUGGGUUACUAUUUUGAGGACAAAGGUAAAGUGACUGUGUCGUUGAAUGUGAUGGAGGCAUUUAAAAAAUCUCUACAAACACCGAAGUUAUGGAUUGAAAAUUUAAACCCCGAAAGGACUCGUGUUUUUUGCUACUCUCCAGUACAUUACAGGAAUGGUAAGUGGGAUGAGGGAGGUCGAUGUGAUAUGGACAGACAACCAUUGACAAACUACACAAUGCUGGAACCAGAGCCAGUGCAUAACCAAAUCAUUUCUACUGUAAUCAAAGAGAUGGAUUAUGGAGACAGGAAGGUUUAGUUCUUAAACAUUACGCAUUUGACACAGUUCAGCUAUGAUGGUCACCCUUCUCGUCAUCGUGAGCCAGGCACUCCGGUUGACACUCCACAGGACUGCAGUCAUUGGUGUCUACCUGGAAUACCAGACAUAUGGAAUGAAAUACUAUAUGCUAAUUUACUGUCAAUGGGAUUCAGAACCAAGUGAUAUCAGAUUACAUAAUUUCCAAGUUACCUCAUCUUGAAGGUUUUUUUCACUGCCCGGGCUGUACAUAAUCUGGGCUGCUUGUGAUCAGGAUAGUAUCUCUCCAUUUUCUUUGGCAUCCAGUUCACUGGUUUCCAUUUCCUUCACUUUCUCAAGCUGUCUCAGGAGAUCCAACCUUUCUGCUCCAUAUGUGGAUGGUAUCUGCCAAUGAACAAAUUAGAAGCCCGGAGAUCUGACAUCUAAAGAAGAGCAUAAAAAGGGAAGUUAUUAGCUCAGAAACAACGCACCAAAGCUGGCACAUAUCUCUGGAUAGCAGCCAACAUUGCUGCAUGCCCCACAGCAGUGACCUACAAUGCACAAAUUACCCUUUCUACAUCAGGUCACAGUGGAAAAAACAGUGCAGACAGAUGUAAAUUGUGAACAUGCAAUAUAUCACAGAUUUGGAUUGAAGCUCUUGUGAAUAUGCAAUUCAGUUUACCAUAUGUAUAAGAAACCCAAUUCUGAGGAUCACGUGUCAUUAACACCCAUAAUCCUGCACUCAAAAAAUUUCAAAAUAUCUUUGCUGUGGUGGAGGUGCAGUUUCAAUCAGUUGCAAUCAAAAUAACCACAGAAUCAUCCCAGAUCCAAUGACAAGUCAGAUUAUAAACAUGAAGUGAACCUGGCCAACUUGUAGGUCAGUUAGUGGUGCACUUGCAGCUAGCCAAGCUCUUGUAUGCUUGGAAAUUUUUAGGCAUCUAUCCCUUUUUUUAACUUGCACCAGAAGUAACAAUUUUUGACAUUUUACGAUAUCAAUAUAUACCAUACAGAAGCUUGGUCGGGUUC